AUGGAAACAGAAGACAGCAAUUGGCGUGAGAACUUCGAUGAUGAUAUCAGCAGUGAGACAUGGAAAAUUCUCGAGAAGCUUUUUAAGGAUGUGGACCCGGAGAUUCAAAAGAAAGAAGACGCAAAAUACAUGCGAGAACUGGAAGAAAUUGCGGAAGAAGAACGACUUACAAAAAUGGGCUACAGUAUCUAUCGAUUCCCAUCUAAUAACAAACAUUCUCACGCAAAUUUGUAUCCGAAACAUUUGUCGUGGAAUUGCAUUCAAUUUUUGGUCAAAUACAAGAAAGGCGUACCGCAUGAUCCGAAUAGUGUCAACGCAAUGGAUUAUAAUUACAAGCCAUUCUUCCCAGAAAAGGAUUUCUCGAUGUUCACUUCGCAUUAUCUCGUAAUUAAAAAGUUGCGAAAGGAGAGCAAGUUUGCCCGUUUAUUUGUCGAUGAUGACCUCUUGCCAGAUAUUGAUGAAGCAUUGGAAUCCCUACAGAAAGAUGACGACCGGAGAAGAGCAGCCGCUCGACGAGCAGCGCCACGGCAACUCCUUCGCCACAGUGCUGGUCGGAAGCGUUCAUUUUCACCGCGACCUAAGGACGAACAACAAGUCAUUUUUCCACAAAAUGAUGCCGUUCUUCCACGAGCCUUUUCACAAACCGAUCAACUAGAAAGCAGCACACAGCAACUAACCUCUUCUGAAGACGUUGCGCAAUUUGUUGCUAUUUCACAAAGAAAUGACCAGAUAGAAGGCGAUUUAGAAGAUAAUGAUUUCGAAGAACAUGAAGAAUAUCACAUAGAACACGAUGUCAUUGAAGAAGCGCUGAUAGAAGACGAUGAGGCCGAUUUUAUACCAGCCGAUCGGCCUCAUUUCAACCGUCAACCAAUAAUCGAUGAUUUUGACAAUUUUGAUGAUAAUUCAUCUGAUGAAGGAAUGGGUGAUGAACUCGAAUUUGAACGUCGUGAAGGACAAGCCGUUUUCGAAGAUGAAAACGACGAAUUGGAACUUUUCUAA